ACUCUUUAUGUAUGUUUGUACCAAUUGAUGUACCAUGUCUUUCUAUCCAGAAAGUUUUCGCAGCGGAAUGGCAGAACAGUGUCGCAUCUGAAACUAGGAGAGCAAAGAAGUCGUUUGUCACCGUUUUGGGGGUUUGGAAACCACCUCAAGAAAGAUGAGUGCUCUUUUGCUCGUAGGAACGCUAACACCGGCCCACCACCCUUCGAGUCGAUAGAAUUCUGGGGGCGAGCAAGGUAUUUAUGUUACCCUGGUUCUGCAGUUCUGAGAUGCUGCCCACUAGAGCUAGUCUCACCCCACAAGAGAUACGCAUAAGCUGACUUGCAGUCUCUAUGGCAUCAGUAGCGCCCCGCCGCAACUGCGCCGCUCGAAACUGUCCGAUUCGUUUUGCGCGUGCGCUGCGCUUGAAUCUUGUAUAAAUAUACAUCCACCCAACUUCCGUGGGUUGCACAAAGGAUACACACAUCAUACCCCAUCAUCUACGACAUUAUGGAUUACUCGGACCCUAACGCAUUCACUCUGCCCUAUCAACUGACGAAGCAACUCCAUCGCGAUGUUCACCCAUUGUUAGAGCCAACUCAGCCAGAACUAUCGGCCAAAGGGAAAACAGUCCUCAUCACUGGUGUUUCUGGGGGCAUAGGCAAGGUCAUCGCCGAAUCGUGGGCAACGGCAGGAGCGUCCGGUAUUGUGAUCACUGGACGCAAAGCCGAUGUAAUCCAGAGCAUCGCCACGGGUCUCAAGGGACUCGCGGCUCCCAGCACCAGGAUUCUCGCCAAAGAAGCCGACAUUACCGACGAAGCUUCUGUAGCGGCCCUCUUUGCGGCUGUCAAGGACGAAAUUGGAAAGAUUGAUGUGCUCGUCAACAGUGCGGGCAGCUUAGAACCGGGAAUGGUGGGCGCCGUCGAGCCCACCAAAUUCUUCAAUGACUUCCAAGUCAACACGCUUGGCUCGUACCUAAUGACACACUACUUUCUAGCCCAAGCAGAAGGGGCUGGUACCGUAGUAAGCUUGAUCACGGGCGCCAUUGGCAAUGUCUUCCCCGGUAUGGGUGGCUACACAGCAUCCAAGUUGGCUUUCGUCCGCAUCGUGGAGAAUCUGCAUGUUGAACAGCCAGGUGUCCGGUUCUUUAUGCUCAUACCUGGACUUGUUCAGACUGAGAUGACGGUCGACUCUUUGAAGCCUUACGCGAAGGACAGUGCCGGUCUCAGUGGUGGCUGGUCUCUUUUCUUGUCUACACCGCGUGCCGAAUGGAUGCGUGGCGGGAUAGUCAGCGUCAAUUGGGAUAUUGAGGAGAUGGAGGCCCACAAAGAUGAGAUCGUGCGUGAUAAUCUUCUUAGCCGCGCUUUCCUAAACGCCAAACUCGGGAAGGAUGGACACCCUUGGUCAUGA